CAUUUGACUGCCACAAUGACCAAACAGACCGUGGAUCUGGUGAUCUUCGCAGCGCACGUGAUCCCGGUUGUUCCUCGCGAUGUGGUGCUGCAUAAUGCUGCUAUCGUAAUCGAGAAGACUCGGGUCGUGGCGUUGCUGCCGUGUGCAGAAGCUCAGGAGCUCUUCGUCGGCGCCGAGGAACAUCAUUUGGACCGCCACAUAGUGAUGCCAGGGCUCAUCAAUCUGCAUACGCACGCACCCAUGACGCUGUUCCGCGGCCUGGGGGACGACAAGAUGUUGCAUGAGUGGCUAGCCGAAGACAUCUGGCCAAUGGAGAAAAAGUUUGUCGGUCCGGAGUUCGUACGCGCCGGAAUGGCCCACGCCGUGGCCGAGAUGAUCCGUAGCGGGACUACGUGCUUCAACAACAUGUAUUUCUUCCCGAACGAAAUCUGCCGCGUAUUGCAGAGCACAGGCAUGCGUGGAGCUGUGGGUCAAGGUGUCAUGGACAUGGCGUCGCCGUAUGGCUCGGGUCCGGACGACUUCUUGGCAAAGGCGGAACCUUACCUAAAGAAAUACGCCCCUGGACGCCACGACCUCAUCACAGUCACUAUGGCGCCCCAUUCGCCUUAUACAGUAGGUGAACAAACACUGCUGAAAGUGGAUGCAUUAGCAAGCAAGUAUAACGCACGGAUCCACAUCCAUUUGCACGAGACGGAGGCGGAAUGCAGUGACAGCGAGCAGUUGAACCGAGACUCCAUGUGCUGCCACAAGAGCGACCAGAAGCUCCGUCCACUCGCAAAUUUCAAACGGCUAGGUUUACUGUCGGAGAGGCUUAUAUGUGCACACAUGACUCAGCUAACUGACGAGGAGAUCGACGAUGUCGCUCGAGCUGGAGCUCACGUGGUUCACUGCCCGUCGUCCAACCUCAAAUUGGCAUCGGGAAUUGCACGAGUGACUGAAAUGCUUCGUCGAGGUGUGAACGUGACGCUCGGUACUGACGGCGCGGCGAGCAACAACUCGCUCGACAUGUUAGUAGAGAUGAAACUUGCAGCAUUGCUGGCGAAAGCGGAGUCUCAUGACCGCACGAGUGUUUCUGCUGCUGAGGCACUGCAGAUGGCUACAUUGAAUGGUGCACGGGCACUUGGACUUGAGCAUGAGAUCGGAUCCAUUGAGGUGGGCAAACGUGCAGAUAUUAUCGCUAUUGAGUGCGACAGCAUCGAGAUGCUCCCCAUGUACAACGCAGUGAGUCAUGUAGUCUACGUCGCUGGCCGUGAGCACGUUUCGGAUGUGUGGAUUAACGGGAAGCAAGUGCUGCGAAGCCACAAACUUACUACAGUCGAUGAAGAAGAAGUGAGGAGGGAAGUGCGUAAGUGGACUGCACGCAUUUGCAACUACCACAACGAGGUGCAGACGAAGGAAUGCUAGAGCUCGUCUAUGAAUUUGAAUUUUCUUGUACAAUGGACUCACCGUAUUUCUUAGCGUCUCACUUCAAUACCAGCUUAUUGAUUGAAGCAUCAGCAAACUCCACGCGACGCGAGAGAACUUCUUUGACACGGGCAGCGGGUAGUGUCCAAGCUACGCCACGACGUCGUCGACCGUACACAUCCAGUACCUCUUGAGGAGUGUCCACAUUCAACACUUCGGCGAGUUGGGUUAAAGUCGCAAACGCUUCGCGCACUUCUUCGCCGGCGCCACCUUCGCCGCUGAGGAAUGUACUGAUGACACGAAUAUCUUUGUCAAACUGCAGCGCAC